ACCAGCAGGGCAUGAAUGUCAAAUGGCACUGGUCUCAAACUAUAGCACAGCUUACCACACAGUGGGGGUGGGGAAGGCACUCUUCCAAGCCUUGGAGCCCACCCUCAUGACACUCUGUAUUUGUUUGCAGUCCCCCUUCAUCCCAGGAGGCAGCCUCCAUGGUCUUGCUCAUCAAUAGGGCCAACCGCCAAGUAGCAUGUUUUGCUAUAGCCGCCAUAGGAUGGAUCCUUACUGCCAAUUACAUGGGCCUUGUGGAGUGGUGAGUGUGGUACAUGGACAACACCUCUCUCUUUCCCUCUGGCAUGGUCUGUGUGGGAAUGUGGAAAGACUGUAUUUACCACCAUGUGAACAGCUACAACAGAACCAUAGGGUAUCACCAUUACACCUACCAUGAUACUUACCUCCCUUUUGAUAUUCGUGUUUCCCAAAUUCUCCUGAUGGUCACCAGCCUCCUAGGUCUUUUGGGGAGAACCUCCAUCAUCUUUUCACUUAGGAAUGUGUUCAUGGUAAUUCUUAAGGAGAAUGCCACCAUCAAUUCAUUUGUUGCCUCAGGAAUUCUGAACAUAGCUUCUGGUAUCUGUAUUUCAAUUGCUGUGAUCUGGAAUUACCGCUCCGUGAUGAAUGAAGAGGGUAUCACCUUCCCACUGUCUCUCUCUAUACCCUUCAAACCCAAUACUCAGGAGACUGGCAGUGCCAUUGUGGUGGCAUGCCUGGCUGCCUUCAUGAUGUUGUUGAAUGGGUUGCUUUUCCUAUCUUACAAAUUCCCCCAGGUUAACCAAGUUCAUCCUGAAAUUACAGAAAUGUAAAAUUCCUAGUUGCAAGUGCUUUGCAAAUGCAAGAUUGCCAAGAGUUUAUGGGAAGUAUCAGCAAGAUGCUCUACAAAUAGCUCCAAGGAUUCAAGACCAUGCCAAAGUUUUGGGCAGAAAGUAGCCGCCUGUUUCCCUCGAUAAUCCUCUGUGCCUUUGGUUCAUUGAUUCACGGGUUCAUUGUUUGAAUUACAGAAAUUUCAUUUAAAAAAUCUUCCCUGGAAACCAAUUUGACAAUAAAUUUCAUAUUGAAAAAAAACCUAUUAAAAAAAUCUCCCCCGCCUGCCAGUUGGUCUUAUUGGAUCUGAAUUUUAUUUGUUGAAUAAAUAAUCAAUACUAUGAACCUAGUGUAUGGAUAUAAGAUUUUCUGUGAUUCUCACAUUUCCCUCUUAAACUUCUGCUAAAAACAACCAUGUCUAUUUCCUAUGUCAUGAUGAUGAUAACAUUGUACUAUCAUGUAAAUUUUCCCGAAUGUGCAGAAGCAGAGUGAAUAAUAUAAGGAAUCCACCAUACCCAUUAUCAGACUCAACAAUUAUCAGGAUUUUGUCACAUUAGCUUUAUAUCUCCUUUCUUCUCCCCUUUAAUCUGUUUUUUCCAUCGUAUGCCAAA